CAAGGGAACACAACAUUGUUGACAACUGUGGCUUGUCAGCAAACUUCUACAGUUUUAAUAACAAUGAAUCUGUCUAAAUUUCUUUGGGUCGGCUUUGUGGCGCUUUCGAUGGACUGUCGUCAGUGCUAGCUAACUAAGCAGCCGGGUUAGCUGUCAACAUAUUUGACUCAUAACGUUUCAGACCAUCUGUAUCUUAACGUGUAGCUAGCUAGCUAGCUAGCUACAGCUUAGCUAAAGACAUAGCAGCAGCAUGGGUGAUGGCAGUGUUACUCCCAGGCUCAGCAACAUGAAAGCAUUGCUUGGAAUAGUUGCAGGAGCUGGAGCCUCCUACGGAAUAUACAAACUAAUCAGCGGGGGGAGCUUCAAGAGAAACAAGAAGAGUGUCAACAGUGAAAGUCCUGGUGUCAGGACCAGCCAGCCAAAUCAGGUUACCCUACCGCGAGGCAGCCUGUUGGCCAAAGUGUCUGGGCUGGACGUUGUCUGUCCCCGACCUGAUGUUGCAUCAGGUGACAUCAUCCACCAGUCCCCGGGUCACCUGGAGCCACAGCACUUGAAAAUGCUGCUGUCAUGUCUACAGACCAGCAGUAAUCCGCCUGACAGAUGUCGGAUCCUACUUACGCUGGGAAAUGCUGCUGCCUUUACUGUGAAUCAGAAUCUAAUACGGGAAUUUGAAGGGAUUCAUAUCAUAGCCGGCUUUCUCUCUGAUCCUGCGGCAGAGGUUAGAGUGCAGACUCUGAAUGCUUUAAAUAAUCUAUGUAUGAACAUCCCAAACCAGGAACAAAUAAAGGGUUAUGUACCACAAGUGCUGGAGCUGAUUGAGAUGUCACCCGUGAAUUCUGACCUUCAGCUCGGUGCUCUCAGGCUGCUGACAAACCUUUCAGUCACAGAUAAACAUCAACACUUGCUGAAGGAAUCAAUUACACUUUUACUCUCCCUACUUGUCGUGAGCAAUGAAGCGUUACAGGUUCAGGCUUCGAAAGUCCUUGUGAAUCUGUCAUCUAAUCCGGAUAUGAUGGAUGACAUUGUUCAAGCUCAGGCACCAGCUUCUGUUGUGCUGCUGUUCGACGCACGGACAGCCUCUGCCGUGCUUCUGCGACUGCUAACAUUUGCAGGGAACUUAAAGGCCUGGAGGCCAUCUGCCCAGGUUGCUCAUGAACUUAGGCGGAAGCAGGAUUGCCUCUUCCGGGUCAUGCUAGAUGAGUCUUCUCAGCUCCACAGCAGACUGGUCCAGCUACUCUCACACCCUGAUGGGGAGAUUCAGGCCCAAGUGGCUCGCAUCUUGAGUUAGGCCCCCCUCUCUGGACUCUUGGAUCCAUGCACAGCUUUAGCUUCCACACCCUAUGCCAAAACCCUCAACCUAUCAUCCUUUCAUUUAAAUUAUAAAUCUGUUGACAUUCAUCUUAUAAAAGAGCAGGCUGCGUAGCCUCUCGUUGAUACUCAGCCUCCACUCCCACACUCGAUACCUACUGUGUUUCCUAGAUCAGUAUUAUUACCCCACAUCUGCUCAACUAAAUGAUCUGUUUCACCUCGUUAGCCACUCUUCCCUGAUUUCCAGUUUUUCACACUGCAAUUAACUGACGAGCACUGAAUGAGCAGGAAGAAGCCAUUCAUUCAGUUGGGUGUGAAAACAGGCCACCCCCUCCCUGUUUUAUUCCUGCCAGCAAGAGUUUUGCCAGAGACUAUUUUCCUUCAAAGAUCCACAGUGCCCUUCCUUCUGAGAACCUACUCACCUACUUUCUCUGAAGACGUAUUCCAGGUGAAAUUUCUGAACCCGAACCCACUGCCAAACAUUUCCUAGAGAAUGUGUCAGAAUGCCCUGUGCAGCAUGACCCAAAUUACUACCCAUCUGUGGCUCAGAGGGACACAUAGACGCAGAGCUGAAGAGGUUUCCUACUGCACACCUUAGCAUGCCUUGGAGACACAAAUGAAUGGAAGUACUACAGCUCCAGUCCUCGCUAAAGUAUUGGCAUGCUGGAUUUAAAGAUCAUGAUCUUCUUCAAAUGAAAGCAAGAUCUAGUCAUUUAAUUUGAAAAUCGGACCGUCAUGACUUUAGAAGAGCCAAAGUGAGGUUAACCUACAGGGUGUUCGGUCUCACGUUCUGCCACAGUGUGAGAAGCUCAGUGUAUUGGGAAGACCUUGUGGUUGAAACACAGCCUCGCAUUAAGAAGAGCUAGUAAAGGUGGUUGGGACACUUGAUAACGAUUCAGCCUGGGUUAACUUUGACUUUGAAGGUUCACCAACCACAGCUGCCUGGUAGAAAACCCCAGAGUUGAUCCAGGAUGUACAGUUGCAUCUCUCUGCUAAGAAACACCUGCAAAUUCCUCAUGGAGGAGCUGGAGGAAGUUGUGGGGGAAAAGGAUGUCUGGACUGCUAUGAUUGUUUCAGCUACCAUAAAUAUCGUGCGGAUAUGGAGCUUGAAAGUAAAUGGAGGAGAGGUUGACCUCAGACAAAGCAGUCUGUAAUAGUAAUAACAAUAAUGAUAAUACAUUUUUAUGGAGAGAAGGUUAUUGAAUCACAACAGCGAUUGAAUGUUAAAUUCAAGCCUUAUUAUGUUAAGUUAUGCACUUACUGUAAUAAGACAGGCUGUAAGUGACAGGGCCACAUGUUGUCUUGCUGGAGGACUGGAGCCGUGGACCCAUCUGCCGACUUGUUAACAGUAUUUACAGAGAGGAGAUGGGUGUAGGUGCACACCUCUAAUUUGCAUGAAAAAUGUGACCAUUAUCUCUGAAUAUGACUUUUAAUGCAAGGAUUUUAUGGCAUGAAGCCAGUCCAGGUGUAAAGAUAUGCUGCACAAUUUUUAUGUUUGGACACUGAUUUUGUUGAACCCAAAUCCUAAAUCUCUCUCAGGCAAUAUGGUUUACCAGAACAGAUACAGCUGGAGGCUGAUAUACUUGUGACCUAGAUUAUGAUAUUUAUUUAAUAAACUUAGCAUUUUGCCUAUAAGUGAGAAAAAUGUUUGUUGUGUCUGUUUUAAUGGUUCAAUAAAUGCUCGA